GUCACGUGGCUUCCUGCAGGUUUCCGUGUUUACGCGGAUCCGUGGCUGGUUGGAGUUCAGUUUGAGAGGCACAGACUGCAGCCAUGGCUCUUCUAAAGACACAAGAACGGAGCCGAGAAAGAUUCUCCCUCCUGAUGCUGGAUUUGGAGGAGUAUUACUUCGAGCAGCACACUGCGUACCAUGUGACGAGCAGUUCAACAGAGAGAAAAAUCCGAGGCUCGUUUAAGGUCUGUUCCCGAUCGAUCAUAUUCGAUCCCGAGGAUCUCACAGAGCCAAUCCUAAAGAUUCCCCUUCGAGACUGUAAGAAGAUCGAGUUUGUGGAGAAGGAGACCAACCCGUUCAAUGAGCCCAGACCAUCAGCUGUCUCUGUGUCCUGUGGACAGGUGAUUUACAUCAAAGAGGCCAACGUGAUUUCACCGUACAGACAUGAGAGGGGAGCAAAGAAAAUGAGCUUUCAGCUGGAAGUCUGGAGUAAAACCGAAGAUGUUGUUCAAACCUUACUUCAGCUUCACAGAGCGUCCUGUCUGGAAAAGCUUGGAGACCAGACUGCAAUGGUUGCAGCUAAUUUACAGUCACGACUGGCGAGGUCAUCGUUUGACAAAAACUGCUUUCAGAACGUGGCUGAGAAGCCUCACAUGGAGUGUGCCGUGGAGAUGGUCAUGCCUCUGGUGUCCAAUCCAGGCCACGUGUGCAUCACCGACGAAAACCUCUACUUCCAGCCGCUGAACGGAUAUCCGGAACACGUGAUUCAGAUCAAACUGCACAGAGUCAGGAGAAUCUACAAAAGACGGCACGGCCUCAGGCCUCUGGGUCUGGAGGUGUUCUGUACGGAGAAUGACUCCUGCUCCGACAUUUACCUGAAGUUUUACAACACAGCAGACAGAGAUGAAAUCUACUACUACAUCGCCACGUUCCUGGAGAACCACAUGACGGAGCACACAGCAGAGAGCUACAUGCUGCAGUGGCAGCGUGGUCAUCUGAGUAACUAUCAGUAUCUCCUCCACCUCAACAACCUGGCUGACCGCAGCUGCAACGACCUCUCGCAGUAUCCCGUCUUCCCCUGGGUCAUCGCCGACUACGCCAGCUCCCAGCUCGAUAUGACAAACGCUGCCACGUUCAGGGACCUGAGCAAACCCGUGGGAGCCCUGAACAGAGAGCGUCUGGACAGACUGCUGGCUCGGUACAGAGGCAUGCCUGAACCCCGCUUCCUGUACGGCAGCCACUACUCGUCCCCAGGAUACGUCCUGUUUUACCUGGUCAGAGUCGCUCCAGAGCACAUGCUGUGUCUCCAGAACGGCCGCUACGACCACGCAGAUCGCAUGUUUAACAGUAUUGGUGAAACGUGGAAAAACUGCUUAGAGGGAGCGACAGACUUCAAAGAGCUGAUUCCAGAGUUUUAUGGGGACGACUGCAGCUUCCUGGAAAACAAACUGAGACUGGAUUUGGGCAGGAGGCAGAACGGAAGCUUGGUCGGUGACGUCGCUCUCCCACCGUGGGCCUCAGAUGCCAGGGACUUCCUUCAGAAGCACAGGACAGCUCUGGAGAGUCAGUAUGUGUCUGAGCACCUUCAUGAGUGGAUUGACCUGGUGUUCGGCUUCAAACAGAGAGGCAGUGAAGCUGUGGCUGCUCAUAACGUGUUUCACCCUCUGACCUAUGAAGGAGGCAUCGACUGUGACAGCAUCGAGGACCCUGACGAGAGAAUCGCCAUGCUGACGCAGAUCCUGGAGUUUGGCCAGACGCCCACGCAGCUGUUCAGCAGCCCUCACCCUCAGAGGAUCACUCCACGCUUUCAUAACAUCACUCGAAGCUCCAGCCUCAACUCACCUGUCAGUGAACUGUCUCCAGCAUCUCAGAGCGAGGACUCGUCCUUCGAGGACCUGACCGAGGAGAGCAGGAAGCUGGCCUGGGCAAACAUGGGAAACCUGACACUGGUCUCCAGCCACAAGAUCCAUAAAGAGGCUGUGACGGGCAUCGCUGUGACUCGAGACGGAGCGGCCAUUUUCUCCACAUCCCAAGACUCAACCCUUAAGAUGUUCUCCAAAGAGCUGAAGGAGUUCCAGAGGAGCAUGUCGUUCUCUAACAUGGCCUUAUCGUCAUGUCUGAUGCUGGCAGAUGGUAAAACUGUGGUUUGUUCUUCGUGGGACAACAAUGUUUACUUCUACUCCGUCCCGUACGGCAGGCGGCAGGACACGCUGAUGGGCCACGAUGAUGCCGUCAGUGAAAUGUGUUGGUUUGAUGAGCGGCUGUACACGGCGUCCUGGGAUUCCACCGUCAAGGUUUGGCAGUGUGCGUCUGACGGCUCCUCCGGUCACAGGAGAUCCCAGUUUCACUUGCUGGCUGAGUUGGAACAUGAUGCUGGGGUGAACACCAUUGCUCUGAAUCCAGCUGGGACUCUGCUGGUUUCUGGCUGUAAAGACGGGACCGUCACCAUCUGGGACACCAGCAGCUACGAAACACUGCAGCAAGACCACUGCCACGAUGGAACCAUCCACCACACGGCUUUUAGUCCAGACAGCCGACACGUUCUCAGCACCGGAGCAGACUCCUGUAUGAAGGUGACCGACGUGCAGACAGGAAUGGUGAUCUCAACUGUGAAAGCUGAGGAGGAGCAGAGGUGUUUCUGCUGGGACGGGAACUCGGUGCUGAGUGGGGGUCAGUCUGGUGACCUCUACCUGUGGGACCUGCUGAGUAACACAGUCACAGAGAGGAUUGCUGCACACUCAGGUGCUGUCACAGCCAUGUGGAUGAAUGAUCUGUGCACCACAGUGAUCACAGGUGGGGACGACAGACAGAUGAUCUAUUGGAAGCUCCAGAGUUAAACCGCUGUUUCUGCACAGCCUGCUGGGGACACUAAGACGUCCAGUGUGACGCAAUGGACAGCACAGACUCUGAACAGACUCAUUAAAUAGUAGUGAAGAGCUGAAAACGUACUGUAUCACAGGUGCUGCCCUGAACCAGACUACAGCUCGUGCACCACAGUGAGAGGAGUAACAUCAACAGUGUAUAAGCCUUACUUUUCAGCUUAUGUUAGUGUGGAUCAAUUUCCUGUUUAUUAUUUGCUUUAUAUCAUGUUACAGAUUUUUAAAUGAGUGAUCGUGUCUUUAGCUUUAUGUGCAUUUUAUUCUGUUAAGAGGACUCAUACUGUCCGAGCUUCAUGCUGCUCAGGUGUUAGCCUUAGUAAAUAAUGCUUACCUCUGAACAUACACACCUCAGAGAUUCCUGCAGACAGACUGAGAUGACAAGAGAUGUAUGAACCAUCUGUACUGAACUGUCUUUACCAAGUGAAUAAUUAGGGCCCGAGCAUGAAAACUCGUGGAAGUGAAAUUGGAAUGAUUCUUCUUCUUCUUAUUAAACUCAUGCAAAGCCCUAUUGGAA